CGGUCGGGCGCUGGCUCAGUCUAGGCUGCUCGCCGCUGUCGCUCCCGGGCCGCGGGAUGACACCGCCUCCGCCCCGAUGCGCCGCCCUCGGCGCCCCGCGCGCCCGCGUCCCCGGUCCGCUAGCUCGGUCCGGGUUCCCGCUGCGGCUGCUGCUGCUGCUGGUCUGGACGGCCGCCACCACCCAAGGCCACCCGAGGAGCGGACCCCGCAUCUCGGCUGUCUGGAAAGGCCGCGCAGGGCAGGACCGGGUGGACUUUGGCUCAGCCGAGCCUCACACGGUGCUUUUCCAUGAGCCAGGCAGCUCUUCCGUGUGGGUGGGUGGACGCGGCAAGGUCUAUCUCUUCGACUUCCCUGAGGGCAAGAACGCCUCGGUACACACGGUGAACAUUGGCUCCACGAAGGGGUCCUGCUUGGACAAGUUGGACUGUGAGAACUACAUCACGCUCCUGGAGAGGCAGGGCGAGGGGCUGCUGGUCUGUGGCACCAAUGCCCGGCGCCCCAGCUGCUGGAACCUGGUGAACGGCACCGUGGAGUCGCUUGGUGAGAGGAGAGGCUAUGCCCCCUUCAGUCCAGAUGAGAACUCCCUGGUUCUAUUUGAUGGGGACGAGGUGUACUCCACAAUCCGGAAGCAGGAAUACAAUGGGAAGAUCCCUCGGUUCCGUCGCAUCCAGGGCGAGAUCGAGCUGUACACCAGUGAUACUGUCAUGCAGAACCCUCAGUUCAUCAAGGCUACCAUCGUGCACCAAGACCAAGCCUACGAUGACAAGAUCUACUACUUCUUUCGAGAGGACAACCCUGACAAGAAUCCCGAGGCCCCUCUCAACGUGUCCCGCGUGGCCCAGCUGUGCAGGGGGGACCAGGGUGGUGAGAGCUCAUUGUCGGUCUCCAAGUGGAACACUUUCCUGAAAGCCAUGCUGGUGUGCAGUGACACCGCCACCAAUAGAAACUUCAACAGGCUACAGGACGUCUUCCUGCUCCCUGAUCCUAAUGGCCAGUGGAGGGAUACCAGGGUCUAUGGUGUUUUCUCCAACCCCUGGAACUACUCGGCUGUUUGUGUGUAUUCCCUUGGUGACAUUGACAAGGUCUUCCGCACUUCCUCGCUCAAGGGCUACCACACGGGCCUUCCCAACCCUCGGCCUGGCAAGUGCCUCCCAGACCGGCAGCCGAUACCCACAGAGACCUUCCAGGUGGCCGACAGUCACCCUGAGGUGGCGCAGAGGGUGGAGCCCAUGGGGCCUCUGAAGACACCAUUGUUCCACUCUAAGUACCACUACCAGAAAGUGGUCGUCCACCGCAUGCACGCCAGCCGUGGGGAGACCUUCCGCGUGCUUUACCUAACCACAGACAGGGGCACCAUCCACAAGGUGGUGGAGUCAGGGGAGCGGGAACGUAGCCUCGUCUUCAACAUUGUGGAGAUCCAGCCCUUCCGCCACGCAGCUGCCAUCCAGGCCAUGUCACUGGACGCUGACCGGCGGAAGCUGUAUGUGAGCUCCCAGUGGGAGGUGAGCCAGGUGCCUCUCGACCUAUGUGAGGUCUAUGGUGGUGGCUGCCACGGCUGCCUCAUGGCCCGAGACCCCUACUGCGGCUGGGACCAGGGCCGCUGUGUUUCCAUCUACAGCUCCCAAGAGCCGGUGCUGCAGUCCAUUAAUCCAGCUGAGCCACACAAAGAGUGCCCCAACCCAAAGCCAGAUGAGGCCCCACUGCAGAAGGUUUCCCUGGCCCCGAACUCUCGCUACUACCUGAGCUGCCCCAUGGAGUCCCGCCAUGCCAUCUACUCAUGGCGCCAUGGGAAGAAUGUGGAGCAGAGCUGUGAGCCCGGCCACCAGAGCCCCAACUGCAUCCUGUUCAUUGAGAACCUCACAACCGACCAGUAUGGCCACUACCACUGCGAGGCCCAGGAGGGCUCCUUCUUCCACGAGGCUCAGCACUGGGAGCUGCUGCGUGAGGACGGUGCCACUGCUGAGCACCUGCUGGGCCACGCCCGCACCCUAGCGGCUUCCCUGUGGCUAGGUGCCCUGCCCAUGCUUGUUCUUGCCCUCUUUGUCCAUUAGGGCCUCAUGGGGCUGGGCAUGCUGCAGGCUUCUAGUGCCAAGGGCACUAGAAAAGUCUCACACCCAGAGCUGUCCGGGCCUGGGAGCUCCUUAGCCACCACUUCUUCCAGGGGGACUGCAUAACCCGAUGGGUCACCAGGCCUGGAGAUGGCCAGCCGCGGGCGGCUGCUGGGCCUGGGUCGGGUGGGGGUGUGGGAGCUGGAGAACGAAGGCACUGACUGUGAAGCUGGGGCAUCGGUGACCCAAGACUUUAUCCUCCUGAAACUAUUUUUCAAAAACUCCUCCUCAAACUUGACUAAAUGCAGUGAUGCUCCUGGCCCAAGAGCCAAUUUGGAAAGGAGAGCUGGGACCCCAUCUCUGGACCUUGGGACCGAGACCUGAGUCCUUCCGGACUCGCUAUACCCAAAUUGCCCCCUCACCCUCCCUCCUGCCAUGGCUGGGGGUGGCUGGUGUUCCUGCAGGCCCAGGGCCGCCCUCUGCGGCCACCUCGCCAGCCCUGAGCCCACUAGGCAGCCGCCUUGCAUGUUUAUUGAAGGAUGUUUGCUUUCCGGACAGAAGGACGGAAAAGGCUCUAUUUUUAUGUUAGGCUUAUUUCAUGUAUAGCUACUCUGACUGCAUCUGUAUGAAAAUACCAAAACUACAUACUGGGGGUGGGGUGGGAGAGGGAGGGGCUGGGAAAGGGAUGGAUUGUGGGGGGUCCCAGUUGGAGGCUCCUGGGGAUGGGAUAAGAGGCCAGGGAUGGGCAUGGUUUCAGGGAGAACGGCAUGAGCUGACUCUGCCCUGGAGCCCAGUCUGAGGGGACAUCGUCCAAACCCUGGUGUGAGGGUGGUUAUGGGAGGGGGUGGGGUGAGGGAGACAGGGGAAAAUGAAGGAGAAAACUGAGCCCUAGGUUCACCAAGUUCAUUUAGAAGGAGGAGCCAGGUCCUCGGGGAGGUUCCAGGACUCUGCCCUUGGCAUUGGGGGUUGGGGGGUGGGGGGGCCUCUCCCCUCCCCUCAGCCCCCUUCCCCAGGGGCUGUGCUUCCAUGCUCCUAGCCUCCCACCUUCAGCUCAGGACAUGUUAUAACUUAGGCUAAACUGUGAAUUCCGGUGGGGACGGCCUGGGCCAAACUCUCCAGGUGGGCGGCUCUGCCCCCGGCCCUGUCCAGGGAUUUCAGCAGAGAGCUGGGCCCCUCUCUGGCUGUGUCAGGCCAGCCCGGGGCAGAGCCUGGGGCUAGCGGCCUUCCAGCUUCGGUCCCUGCAUCUCUUCUCAAUGCACUUUAAUAAUGUAACAUAUUACUAAUAAACAAGCUAUUUAUUUA